AUGGACAAGCAAAAUUUGACAAUACUGAAGGAAUUCGUUCUCCUGGGAAUCACAGACCGCCCUGAGCUGCAGGCUCCCCUAUUUGUGCUCUUCCUCAUCAUCUGCACGAUCUCACUCUUGGGCAACCUGGGCAUGGUCAUUCUCACCAAGGUGGACUCCAGAUUACAAACACCCAUGUACUUCUUCCUCAGACACCUGGCACUCACUGAUCUUGGCUACUCCACAGCAGUGGGCCCCAAAAUGUUGGUAAAUUUCCUCGUGGAAAAAAAUACAAUUUCGUUUUAUUUUUGUGCCAUACAGCUGACUUUAUUCAUCAUGUUCAUGUGUAAUGAACUUUUCAUUCUAGCAACAAUGUCUUAUGACCGCUAUGUGGCCAUCUGUAACCCACUGCUCUACACAGUAAUCAUGUCCCAAAGGCUGUGUCUGGUGCUGAUUGUAAUCCCCUAUAUCUAUAGCACAUGUGUUUCUCUUCUGAUCACCAUAAAACUCUUUAAUUUACCCUUCUGUGGCUAUAAUGUCAUUAAUCAUUUCUACUGUGAUAAUUUCCCCUUGUUGUCUUUGGUGUGCUCAAACACUCAUGAAGUCGAAUUUUUGAUAAUCAUUUUCUCAGCUGUUAAUUUGAUCUUCACCCUUCUUAUAGUUCUAGUGUCUUACCUGCUCAUCCUUGUUGCCAUCCUCAAGAUGAAGUCCGCCGAGGGGAGACGUAAAGCUUUUUCCACUUGUGGAUCCCACCUGACAGUGGUCAUAUUGCUCUAUGGGACUUUGAUAUUUAUGUAUGUGAAACCUAAGUCCAGCCAUUCCUUUGAUACCGACAAAAUGUCAUCUAUAUUCUAUACCCUCAUUAUCCCCAUGCUGAAUCCCUUGAUCUAUAGCUUGAGGAACAAGGAUGUAAAAUGUGCACUGCAGAGAAUUUGGGAAAGAGCUCGCAGUAUGUUUUCUUAA